CAGGGCCUGACUGCUCGUCGCCUUCUGUCAAUUCAAAAAUGUUAUGUGUCUAAGUUAGACCCAACCUUACCGACCCCACAGAAACUGAAGAUUGAUAUGGAACUGGUAAGUUGUUAUUGUCGAUCAGUUGUUUUAUAGUUAUUUAUUUAUUUUUCAAUAUAACCGGUUGCAAUUUCUGCUUUCAUCAAUUGCAUUAUUUAGGAUUACAAGUUGAAUCAAACAUUUUCUUUAUUCAAGACAAUGAAUGUCCUCUUUUCUGAAUUGAAUGUCCUCCAUUCUGCAAGAAGAGACUAGAGUUAGUAAGGAUUAAUGUCAGUUAGGGGUAUUGGCCUUUCUCUGCGACUGUUGAGAAUGACUAAAGAUGAGACAUUAGAGUACCCUACUUAUGAGGAUUUUAUAGUAGAGAGGGUGGAAAGUUAUAAGUUCAGUUACUUAAGGAAAAAAUAAGCGACGAAAGUGUGUCCGUCUAAAAACGGACUGUUCUCGCCGAUACAAUUCCUGAGUUCUUUAUUUUCUAACCUUAGUUAUUUUUUCUUUCAUAAAAGGCCACAAAACAGCCCUUAACUGACGAGAAGUUAACAACCGAUACAACUCCAAUGGUGCUGGGCUUUGCAGACCGCUCCUCGUUACCACAAAGGAUUCUGGACUUUUGUGGUAGUCUCCCAAUCUAUGAGGUCGAAGAAGUGUCAGUGGAGGAGAUGAACGCGACUCUUUUCAACUCGGAAGGUACCAAAAAAAAGCUUUAAAUAAAUUUACUAUUUUAUCAGAAACAGAUCUGUGAAAAAACACACACACACAGGCUGACUCGUAAAGGGUUUCUUCCCAAUUAUGAUGUGCAUUGUAUGAUACAAUAUCAGUUUCUGCCCCGGAUUGCUGUUCUUUGUUUAAGGCUGUCUUCAGGCAUGUUAAGAGCGGUUCCGAGUCGUUACCAGUCCUUGGAGACUUAAGGAACAGUCCGUUACAAUGCCGCCCCCUCCCCUCCCUUCCACAGCCAGUAAGAGCGUAGUUACCGAUAAAUCACGACCAAGAAAUUAGCUCUUACCCAAAUACUGAGAGUGCUCUGCAAAUAAACGAUGAAUGUAGCCUUAAAGGCGCUUAGCCAACCUGCUCGCAGGCUAAGACGUAAGGACGUCGUGAAAAAAAAGCCAAGCGAAAAUAUUAGACCCCCUCGACAGCGUGGAACGGGGUACGAUGAAUUAUUACGAGUUAAAGGGUUAAAAAAAAUUUGAAACAUCUAAGCAUUCUAAGGAAUACAUGCCGUUUGCUAAAGGGGAAAGCCUGAUCCUUAAUGCAGUCGAUGUUUGACAAUCUUACUAACUUAAAGUCGAAUUUACGCCUUGCAAAUUCAUCUGAAGUGAAGCGUAGUAAUAGUCUACAAAAAUUUAAAUGAAAAUUAUGUCUAUAAUAAUGUUCAUUUUAAUGUCCCUGUUGCAGGAUAUCAAGGUCUGCAGGGACGCAGCAGACGGUCAGUCUUCGAUAAAGUAUCUUGCUCCAACGGGGGUAGUCACAGAGGAAGAGUGUCGUUUUGCUUGGACCUCAAAGAAAAGACGAAGCCAAAAUCCUGUACCUUCUCUUCUAGUUCGUGCUAUUACUUCAUUGUUUGUACCGCCGAUAGUUAUGGCGGUCAUACCUGUUCUUAUGCUAGGCACGGCUAUUAUGAUUACUGCUGUUCUUGGACCUGCGAUUUACUCGACUCCUUGGGGUAA